AUGGAGACCUUCAGCUCAAAGAAUCUGGCACUGCAAGCAGAGAAGAAGCUACUGAGUAAGAUGGCAGGUCGGUCUGUGGCCCAUCUCUUCAUUGAUGAGACAAGCAGUGAAGUGCUGGAUGAGCUGUACCGUGUGUCCAAGGAGUACACACAUAGCCGGGCCCAGGCCCAGCGUGUUAUCAAGGACCUAAUCAAGGUGGCUGUUAAGGUGGCUGUGCUGCACCGCAGUGGCUGCUUUGGGCCCAACGAGCUGGCACUGGCUGAUCGUUUUCGCCAGAAGCUGCGGCAGGGCGCCAUGACAGCUCUUAGCUUUGGUGAGGUGGACUUCACCUUUGAGGCCGCUGUGCUGGCCAGCCUGCUGACCGAGUGCCGGGAUGUGCUGCUGGAGUUGGUGGAGCAUCACCUCACACCCAAGUCACACGGCCGCAUUCGCCAUGUGUUUGAUCACUUCUCUGACCCAAAUCUGCUCACAGCUCUCUAUGGACCUGACUUUACUCAGCAUCUUAACAAGAUCUGUAAUGGGCUCAGGAAGCUGCUGGAUGAAGGGAAGCUCUAA